AUGGAGUCCAUGCUGAAUAAGCUGAAGAGCACUGUCACAAAGGUGACAGCUGAUGUCACCAGUGCAGUCAUGGGAAAUCCAGUUACCAGAGAAUUUGAUGUUGGGAGACAUAUUGCCAGUGGAGGUAAUGGUCUCGCUUGGAAGAUAUUUAAUGGAACUAAAAAAUCAACAAAGCAGGAAGUGGCUGUUUUUGUCUUUGAUAAGAAGCUAAUAGACAAGUACCAAAAAUUUGAAAAAGAUCAGAUUAUUGAUUCCUUAAAACGAGGUGUUCAACAGCUGACUAGGCUUCGACACCCUAGAUUGCUUACUGUUCAACAUCCAUUAGAAGAAUCCAGGGAUUGCUUGGCAUUUUGUACAGAACCAGUCUGUGCAAGUUUAGCUAAUGUUCUUGGCAGCUGGGACAAUCUACCUUCUCCUUUACCAUCAGACAUUAAAGAAUACAAACUUUAUGACGUGGAGACCAAAUAUGGUUUGCUUCAGGUUUCUGAAGGUUUGUCAUUUUUGCAUAGCAGUGUCAAAAUGGUCCAUGGAAAUAUUACUCCUGAAAAUAUAAUUUUGAAUAAGAGUGGAGCAUGGAAAAUUAUGGGCUUUGAUUUUUGUAUCCAAUCAACAAAUCCAUCUGAACAGGAGCCGAAGUUCCCUUGUAAAGAAUGGGAUCCAAACUUGCCAUCCUUGUGUCUUCCAAAUCCUGAGUAUCUGGCACCAGAAUACAUUCUCUCUGUGAGCUGUGAGACAGCCAGUGAUAUGUACUCUCUGGGAGCUGUUAUGUAUGCAGUGUUUAAUAAAGGGAAACCAAUUUUUGAAGUCAACAAGCAAGAUAUUUAUAAAAGCUUUAGUAGACAGCUGGACCAGCUGAGCCGUUUAAGCUCCAGUACUCUUCAGAACAUACCCGAGGAGGUGCGUGAGCAUGUAAAGCUACUCCUAAACGUAGCUCCAGCAGUCAGACCAGAUGCAGAUCAAAUGACUAAGAUACCAUUCUUUGAUGAUGUCGGAGCAAUGACGCUUCAGUAUUUUGAUUCAUUAUUUCAAAGGGAUAACCUGCAAAAAUCACAGUUUUUUAAAGGAUUACCAAAAGUUCUGCCAAAACUACCUAAGCGUGUUAUAAUGCAGCGAAUUUUACCUUGCUUGACUUCUGAAUUUGUGAAUCCUGAUAUGGUACCCUUUGUCUUGCCUAAUGUUCUAUUAAUUGCUGAGGAGUGCACCAAAGAAGAAUAUAUCAAGCUCAUUCUACCUGAUCUUGGUCCUGUUUUUAAGCAGCAAGAACCAAUCCAGGCAAGCAACAUGAUAUUGUUAAUCUUCCUGCAAAAAAUGGAUUUACUUCUAACCAAAACUCCACCAGAUGAAAUAAAGAACAGCGUUCUACCGAUGGUUUAUAGAGCCUUGGAAGCACCUUCAAUUCAGAUCCAAGAACUUUGCCUAAACAUAAUUCCCACGUUUGCCAAUUUAAUAGAUUACCCAUCAAUGAAAAAUUCAUUAAUUCCAAGAAUUAAAAAUGCAUGUUUGCAAACUUCUUCUCUUGCUGUCCGGGUAAACUCAUUAGUGUGCUUGGGCAAGAUUUUGGAGUACUUGGAUAAAUGGUUUGUGCUUGAUGAUAUCUUACCUUUUUUACAACAAAUUCCAUCAAAGGAACCUGCAGUACUCAUGGGAAUUUUAGGUAUUUACAAAUGUACAUUUACUCACAAGAAGCUGGGAAUUACCAAAGAACAGCUUGCAGGAAGAGUAUUGCCCCAUCUGAUUCCUCUUAGUAUUGAGAACAAUCUUAAUCUCAAUCAGUUCAAUUCUUUUAUUUGUGUUAUAAGAGAUAUGCUCAAUAGAUUGGAAGCAGAGCAUAAAACAAAACUUGAGCAACUUCAUGUCAUGCAAGAGCAACAGAAAUCCUUGGACAUAGCCAACCAGAUGAGUGGGUCUGAAGAGGCAAGAUCUAGUGGUACAGGCAAUCAGAUUGACAAGGUAUUUAAUAAUGGAACUGACCUUCUAACUAGUGGAUCUGAUAGUAAAGAGAAUGAGAUGUCAUCAAUACAGAGAAAGGCCUCACUUACACUGGAAGAGAAGCAAAAGUUAGCAAAAGAACAAGAACAGGCACAGAAACUGAAAAGCCAGCAACCUCUUCAGCCCCAAGCAACUACAGUAACACCUCCAGUGAAGCAGACAAAAGACUUGACAGAUACCUUGAUAGAUAAUAUGUCAUCUUUGACCAGCCGUCCUAUGAACCAAACUCAAGUUGCAUCUUCAAACAGCUUCUCUUCUGUUCCUUCUGUGGGUGUUGGAAUGGGAUUUUCAUCGCCCAUUGACAGCACAAAGAGAAAUAUGACCAAUGGACUAAAUACAAGUAUGGGGUUUCAGACUGCUGGAUUCACUAUGGGAGCAGGUCUUGCUACUCAGAGUUUCUUCAGUGGUCCAAGUGCAACAGGGGCAACCAAGAUGAACAUUGUACCACCUGCCAGUAUGCCAAAUUACAGUCCUAUGAAUGCUGCAUCUGCAAUAUCUCCACUGACACAACAAAACAGACCCCCAGAUAUGUCUGCUUUAGAUAAUCUUUUUGGUCCUCAAAAACCCAAAGUUAGCAUGAAGCAGUUGGCUCAACAGAAAUCAAGCCAGUGGGUUAAUCAGUUUGUGCCACCACCAGGGUCCCCGAAUGUGAGCAAUACAGCCUUGGGACCUCAGAUGAACAUGAUAGCACAGCCAGGCUUUGGUAUACAGGGUAAUCCUUUCUUUUCUCCUCAGAACUUUGCACAACCAGCAAACACAGUGACAAACAGCAGCUCAGCUAGCAAUGACUUAAAAGAUCUUUUUGGGUAAAAUGCUUCCUUUUCUUCUUUCAAAGAUUGAUGAAAUUUGGAUCAUGGGUAAGCUGAUUAACAUCUUGUUUUGAUUAAUAAAAGCAUGACUUGGGGAAACUUUCAACCCAGCAAAGUAAAGACUUUUGGACAGGAAAAAAGGCUGAUGUUUCAUUCACCUGAUACUACAGUGGAAUUGUGUAAGUGCAAAGUCAUCUUACAUGCUAAAGAUUUCCUGUCUCUUUGCCAGCAUGAGAGUGCUGAAGGUAGGAUGCGCAUAUUCAACUGAAAAAGAAGAAGUGUAUCAAAAUUAUUCAGGGGUGAACUCAGUCAAGCCCUAUGAAAUUUCCUACAAAAUUUUGUUUCUUAAGUUGAGCAAAAAUGCUGAGGGGAUAAUGACACUAUUGGAUGCAAACCUGGAGAA